AUGGCCACAGCCUUCAUGCUCCUUGUAGGGGUCCUGCUCCCUUGCUGGGGCGAUUUCCGGCUCUUUAAAAAGAGGUUCAUGAAGGUGAAUGGGGCUGAGUGCUCCCACCACUCUGAGUGUGCCAGUGACUGCUGCCUGAUGGACCUGGACCGUGCUGGAGCCUUCUGUGCCCCCAGGGCCAGAAUGGCCAUGUUGUGCUUAUUCCAGACCAAGGGAGCUAUCAACAUCAUAUGCCCCUGCCAAAGCGGCUUGAGUUGCAUAACCAGGGACCCAUUCUGUUCCCGCCGGUGCCAUUUGAUUUAA